UAUUUUGUAAAUCCAUCCGAUGCUAUGAGUGGUUAAAUUGCAAAUCGUGUUUUAUUCUAACAAAGUCUUGAUUUCUUUAGGUGAUAAAAAAAUCCUUUCGGAGACAAAUAUGAAGUGACAUUUGUUGAAUGUGUAUGCUUUAAUAUAAUUUGGCAAAGAAAAGUGUGUAUAUAUCAAUGAGUAUAGGUGAAGUUAAUAUCUUAGAAGUAGUAUCAUAGGCAGUGUCCUACUCUUCACAAACGUCUCUAUUAUUUCAAGUGUUUUAACUUUGGUAUUAAAUUAUGAAACGUUUGAAGAGAGCUUUGUCACUGAGUAAAUCACCAAGAAUAGAAGAAAGUAUCUCUGAAAUUGAAGAGGAUUUAAAUAAAGCUCAUAUUGGUGAAAUUAAAGAACAUGAAGAAAAUGGUAUUUAUAUUCAUGGUCACUCCAACGGGCAUUUAAAUGGCAAUAAUAAUGAGAUCAUAAAGGGCACUGAUAACAAAUUGGCAAGUCGAACCCAAAGUGUUGUAUCAAAUGACUCAGGUCAUGGAUCUGGUAAUGAGUUAGAUAGUCAACCAAAGUUGACUCCCCCUGUUCGAUUUCGAAGGAUGGCAAAUUUUUCUUUGGAAAUGCAGAAAAAGCGAAUGUCAUUGCCAGCAAAUCUGAAUUUGUAUCCAAAUAUGUAUGAACAGGGUGAAGCUGUCCCAUCAUCACCUUUUGAACAAACUAUGUCAAGAAAAGAGCGUCGGGCUUCAAUGGCUGAGCUCGGAUAUGGAAAAAUGAGCUCUUACACAAAGCUUGAUAAGCUUGGCGAGGGGACCUAUGCUACUGUUUUUAAAGGGAAGAGUCGUUUAACUGACACUAUAGUUGCUUUAAAAGAAAUUCGUCUUGAACAUGAAGAGGGUGCGCCAUGUACUGCAAUUCGGGAAGUUUCAAUUCUUAAAGAUUUAAAGCAUGCAAAUAUUGUGACACUUCAUGAUAUCAUACACACACCAAAAUCAUUGACGCUGGUUUUUGAGUAUUUAGAAAAAGAUUUGAAAUCAUACAUGGAUGACUGUGGAGGAAUUAUCGCAUUAUCAAAUGUUAAACUCUUUUUGUUUCAAAUAUUAAGAGGUCUUCAUUAUUGUCACAAAAGGAAAGUUUUGCAUAGAGAUUUAAAGCCUCAGAAUUUGCUGAUAAAUGAAAAGGGUGAAUUAAAACUUGCAGACUUUGGAUUGGCUCGUGCAAAAUCUGUACCAACAAAAACAUAUUCAAAUGAAGUUGUAACAUUAUGGUACCGGCCUCCUGAUGUAUUGCUUGGCUCUACAGUGUAUAAUGCUUCUAUAGAUAUGUGGGGUGUAGGAUGCAUAUUCUAUGAAAUGGUAACUGGCCGACCCAUGUUCCCAGGUUCUACAUCUGACAAUGAACUUACUUUAAUAUUUAAGAUGUUAGGCACGCCUAAUGAAAAAACAUGGCCUGGUAUAACAACAAACCCAGAAUUUAUAGCAGGUCGUUUUCCAAAUUAUAGACCUGAGAAAUUACAUAAUCACUUACCAAGAAUUGAGCUUGAAGGCUUAGAUUUGCUACAAAAAUUUAUUUGCUUUGUACCUACAGCACGUAUUGAUGCUUUUGCAGGAAUGAAGCAUUCCUACUUUGCUUCUUUAGGAACAGACGUCUUCAAUCUAAGUGAAACUGAGUCAAUAUUUUCAUUGAGUGACAUGCACUUAUCAAAAGAUCCCGGGUUUAGGUCUGCUGUGCGCCAAGAACGAUCAGGUGGUAAUCGACGUCGUUUAAGUUUGUUAUUUUAAGCGCAUUUUAAUAGUUGCACAGAAUGCCUGAUAAAUUCAAUUAUCAGAAGUGCGUGGUUCGAGUAAAAUUCCUCUAAAUAAACUGUUUGAAAUAAAUUUUUAAGAGAUAUUUUGAUCAAAUUCAUAAUAAAAAUGAACAAACAUUAAAAACUUCAAUUAAGAAGACGAGGAAAAAAGUAUUCCAUUGAUGUCAGUUUUGUUAUAAAUGCAUUUUCCUAUUGAUGAGAACUUAAUUUCUUUUCCUCAAGAUCAGUUGCAUUGUGGAGACUUUUAUCUCCUAUUUUAUGGCUGGUACCAUUCUACAUUGCACUGCGUGAAAGAUUUUUCUGUUUUAAAGCCUUUCAGAUAACUUAUUGAACCUUUCAAAACGAAACACACUUGAUGGUCAAAACGGAUUUUUUUGACUGCCCAAGUGAAUUGUUUUGCGUUUUUGUUUUUUACUUUUUUAUGAAAAAGAAAAUUUAUACUUCUAUUGAUAAAUUCAAUAAACUAGGUUCUUAUAAGUAUUUUCUGCAAGUAUAUUAUGUAUAUAGUAAAUAAUUUGUGCUAGCCAAUAUUUUAUGACAUUUAUCCUUUUUUAAUAGAUGCCAUUUAAUGAAGUCACCCCCUUUUUUUUUCGCUUUAUAGUUUUCUGUUGAAAUAGCACAAAGUUAUUUUUCCAUGAAAUUUUUAGAUAUAGUUUUUAUGUAGUUUGAAUGACAAAUAUUGCAGCUUGAUUUCCAAAUAUUGUUUUUAGACAGUGCAUAUAUAUUUUUUUUUUUGUUUUUAAGAGUUUAAUUUAUAAUAUCAGUGUAUUACACUAUUUUUCUUUCUACUAUAAAUGAAUGAACAAAAUGCUGUAAAAUAUCAAAAUUUAUAUUAUAUAGUUUUAAUGAUUA